UUUUUUCUGCUAGUGUUCUGUUAUCAGCCCUCACUUUUCGCGUGUGGCUCUGUGUGUUUAAGUGUGUUAAUGACUUUAGCUCUAUAGCUGCCCAGCUCAAGCUACUCGGGAAUGAUGAUCAGUUUCAGUAUUGGAUGCAUACUGCGCGUGUCAACACAGCUCGCUAAAAAUGAAGUCCGCGGUUAUUUUUUUGUUUUUUCUCGUUGCUGGAAUUGCGGCUCAAGAUACAAUACCAGAAGUUCCAUUAGAUUUUCCGACACCACCUAAAACAACAACUACGACCACAGAAGAGCCAACAACAACUACCACAACAGAGGAACCAACAACAACUACCACAACAGAGGAACCAACAACAACUACAACCACAGAGGAACCAACAACAACUACCACAACAGAGGAACCAACAACAACUACGACUACAGAGGAACCAACAACAACUACGACCACAGAGGAACCAACAACAACUACCACAACAGAGGAACCAACAACAACUACCACAACAGAGGAACCAAAAAUUCCAACAACAGAAUCCUCAACAACAACUACAACAGAGCCAACUACGACAACAGAAGAACCAACUACCACAGAACCCAGUACAACGUCAACAACAGAGGCAACUACCACAACAGAAGCUACCACAGCAUCAACAACAGAGUCAACUACAACAACAAAACUCCCCUUAACAACAACAACGCAAAGCAAACCAAUUUAUCCUCCCUAUGGGAAACCGACGUCAUCAUGGCAACCCGUUUACCCCACAUCAAGUCCCUGGAGCUGGAGCUGGAGCGCUUUCUCAGGAAAUUGUUACCUCAAAAAUCAGAAAGAGUACAAAUUGAUUUGUUUUGGCGAGGGCUGGCGUCAGGAGACGAUCUGUUAUCGCUGCUGCUUUUAUGAUAACAGCGGGUUCGCAGCAUGCAGUAAAAUUCAUGAGGGAAGUUGUUCGCGGUAUGACUAUGAACGCUGGAUUAGACCUAAUAUAUAUGUAGAUUAGGAAAUUGUAUAUAGUUUAUUUAACAGUGAAUCGAAUAAAAUCAUUAUGUUGUUAA